AUGCCUGAGUUACCAUGGGUGGAUCCAGGAAUUGAUCCUAGAGGGGGCGUAACUAAAGGGGUACCAUUGGUGGAUACAGGAAUUGAUGCUAGAGGGGGCGUAACUAAAGGGGUACCAUGGGUGGAUACAGGAAUUGAUGCUAGAGGGGGCGUAACUAAAGGGGUACCAUGGGUGGAUACAGGAAUUGAUGCUAGAGGGGGCGUAACUAAAUGGGUACCAUGGGUGGAUACAGGAAUUGAUGCUAGAGGGGGCGUAACUAAAUGGGUUCCAUGGGUGGAUACAGGAAUUGAUGCUAAAGGGGGGCGAAUUGAUGCUAGAGGGGGCGUAACUAAAGGGGUACCAUGGGUGGAUACAGGAAUUGAUGCUAGAGGGGGCGUAACUAAAGGGGUACCAUGGGUGGAUAUAGGAAUUGAUCCUAGAGGGGGCGUAACAAAAGGGGUACCAUGGGUGGAUACAGGAAUUGAUGCUAGAGGGGGCGUAACUAAAGGGGUACCAUGGGUGGAUACAGGAAUUGAUGCUAGAGGGGGCGUAACUAAAUGGGUACCAUGGGUGGAUACAGGAAUUGAUGCUAGAGGGGGCGUAACUAAAGGGGUACCAUGGGUGGAUACAGGAAUUGAUGCUAGAGGGGGCGUAACUAAAUGGGUACCAUGGGUGGAUACAGGAAUUGAUGCUAGAGGGGGCGUAACUAAAUGGGUACCAUGGGUGGAUACAGGAAUUGAUGCUAGAGGGGGCGUAACUAAAGGGGUACCAUGGGUGGAUACAGGAAUUGAUGCUAGAGGGGGCGUAACUAAAGGGGUACCAUGGGUGGAUACAGGAAUUGAUGCUAGAGGGGGCGUAACUAAAUGGGUACCAUGGGUGGAUACAGGAAUUGAUGCUAGAAGGGGCGUAACAAAAUGGGUACCAUGGGUGGAUCCAGGAAUUGAUGCUAGAGGGGGCGUAACUAAAGGGGUACCAUGGGUGGAUCCAGGAAUUGAUGCUAGAGGGGGCGUAACUAAAGGGGUACCAUGGGUGGAUCCAGGAAUUGAUCCUAGAGGGGGCGUAACUAAAGGGGUACCAUGGGUGGAUACAGGAAUUGAUGCUAGAGGGGGCGUAACUAAAGGGGUACCAUGGGUGGAUACAGGAAUUGAUGCUAGAGGGGGCGUAACUAAAGGGGUACCAUGGGUGGAUAUAGGAAUUGAUCCUAGAGGGGGCGUAACUAAGGGGGUACCAUGGGUGGAUACAGGAAUUGAUCCUAGAGGGGGCGUAACUAAAGGGGUACCAUGGGUGGAUACAGGAAUUGAUGCUAGAGGGGGCGUAACUAAAGGGGUACCAUGGGUGGAUACAGGAAUUGAUGCUAGAGGGGGCGUAAGAAUUGAUGCUAGAGGGGGCGUAACUAAAGGGGUACCAUGGGUGGAUAUAGGAAUUGAUCCUAGAGGGGGCGUAACUAAAGGGGUACCAUGGGUGGAUACAGGAAUUGAUGCUAGAGGGGGCGUAACUAAAGGGGUACCAUGGGUGGAUACAGGAAUUGAUGCUAGAGGGGGCGUAACUAAAUGGGUACCAUGGGUGGAUACAGGAAUUGAUGCUAGAGGGGGCGUAACUAAAGGGGUACCAUGGGUGGAUACAGGAAUUGAUGCUAGAGGGGGCGUAACAAAAUGGGUACCAUGGGUGGAUACAGGAAUUGAUGCUAGAGGGGGCGUAACUAAAUGGGUACCAUGGGUGGAUACAGGAAUUGAUGCUAGAGGGGGCGUAACUAAAGGGGUACCAUGGGUGGAUACAGGAAUUGAUGCUAGAGGGGGCGUAACUAAAUGGGUACCAUGGGUGGAUACAGGAAUUGAUGCUAGAAGGGGCGUAACUAAAGGGGUACCAUGGGUGGAUCCAGGAAUUGAUGCUAGAGGGGGCGUAACUAAAGGGGUACCAUGGGUGGAUCCAGGAAUUGAUGCUAGAGGGGGCGUAACUAAAGGGGUACCAUGGGUGGAUCCAGGAAUUGAUGCUAGAGGGGGCGUAACUAAAGGGGUACCAUGGGUGGAUACAGGAAUUGAUGCUAGAGGGGGCGUAACUAAAGGGGUACCAUGGGUGGAUACAGGAAUUGAUGCUAGAGGGGGCGUAACUAAAGGGGUACCAUGGGUGGAUAUAGGAAUUGAUCCUAGAGGGGGCGUAACUAAGGGGGUACCAUGGGUGGAUACAGGAAUUGAUCCUAGAGGGGGCGUAACUAAAGGGGUACCAUGGGUGGAUACAGGAAUUGAUGCUAGAGGGGGCGUAACUAAAGGGGUACCAUGGGUGGAUACAGGAAUUGAUGCUAGAAGGGGCGUAAGUAAAGGGGUACCAUGGGUGGAUCCAGGAAUUGAUGCUAGAGGGGGCGUAAGUAAAGGGGUACCAUGGGUGGAUACAGGAAUUGAUGCUAGAGGGGGCGUAACUAAAGGGGUACCAUGGGUGGAUCCAGGAAUUGAUGCUAGAGGGGGCGUAACUAAAUCCGCUAGUACAACCAUGCUGAAAUCUGCUUGUGUUCUGCUUCUCUGCCUCACACUUGCCAAUGCCUACUACAGCAGAGGCGGUAGAGGUGGUCGAGGAGGAAAAAAUGGUGGUGGUGGUGGGAUGAGAAGCUACGGAGGCUAUGGCAACAACGGAGGCUAUGGAGGCUAUGGUGGCAACCGAGGAGGCUAUGGAGGUUAUGGCAACCGUGGUGGUUAUGGCGGCUAUGGCAACCGUGGAGGCUACGGCAACAACGGAGGCUACGGAGGCUAUGGCAACAACGGAGGCUAUGGCGGCUAUGGCAACAACGGAGGCUAUGGAGGCUACGGCAACAACGGAGGCUAUGGAAGCUAUGGCAACAACGGUGGCUAUGGGGGCUAUGGCAAUAAUGGUGGCUAUGGAGGCUAUGGUAAUGUUGGUGGUUAUGGUGGUUAUGGCAUGAGCGGAGGCUAUGGCGGCUAUGGUAACGGAGGCUAUGGAGGUUAUGGCAACAACGGAGGCUAUGGAGGCUAUGGUAACAACGGAGGCUAUGGAGGCUAUGGCAAUAAUGGAGGCUAUGGAGGCUACGGAGGUAAUGCUGGCAACCGAGGAGGCUAUGGUAAUCGUGGAGGUUAUGGUAGCUAUGGCAACAAUGGAGGCAACCGCGGAGGCUAUGGAGGUUAUGGCAACGGUGGUGGUUAUGGCGGCUAUGGCAACUACGGUGGCAACCGUGGAGGCUAUGGAAACUACGGCAAAUAUUAA